UAUUAACUUGUGAAAUGGUCACAGCCAAGGAGCAUGUUGUGGGUUGGUACAGUACGGGACCAAAGCUGCGGGAGAAUGACCUAGAUAUUCAUGGUUUAUUUAAUGAUUAUGUUCCAAAUCCUGUCUUGGUCAUAAUAGAUGUCCAACCUAAGGAGCUUGGAAUACCCACUAAGGCUUACUAUGCUGUUGAAGAGGUUAAAGAGAAUGCUACUCUGAAGAGCCAGAAAGUGUUUGCUCAUGUACCCUCAGAAAUUGCUGCUCAUGAAGUUGAGGAAAUUGGAGUGGAACACCUGCUAUGGGAUGUGAAGGAUACAACCAUUAGCACACUUGCAACUGAGGUUACAGGAAAACUUGCAGCCUUAAAGGGUUUGGAUGCACGACUACGAGAAAUACGUGGUUAUCUUGAUCUUGUUAUUGAUGGCAAGCUUCCUUUAAAUCAUGAAAUCCUUUAUCAUUUACAAGAUGUAUUCAACCUUCUUCCAAAUCUGAAUGUGGCUGAGCUAAUCGAGGCAUUUGCUGUGAAAACAAAUGAUAUGAUGUUGGUCAUAUAUCUUUCCUCUUUGAUCAGAAGUGUGGUAGCACUCCACGACCUGAUCAAUAGCAAGAUGCUUAACAAAGAACAUGAAAAAGCUGAGGAUUUGAAGCCUGCUCCCGUCCCAGCCAGCACUUGAAGUUGAUUGGAUUUUACUGGAUUUCACACAUGAUAGAGCUCAAGGUGAAGCUUCCGGGGAGGAGGGGAAUCUGUCCUACUCUGAUGCUUCUCAUUGAUGAGAAUUUUUGAAUUUUUCAUGUUGCAGCCAGAGACCAUAGGUCUCCACAGGUCUCCAUUCUUGAUUCAUCGCUGCUGUUGAUUCAUUAUCAGUUGGUGAAUUUUAAUUUGCUUACCGGUCAAUGUACCAUGUUUAAUGGCUGCAAAAAUAAUAUCUUCUAAUGAUUGUUUUGUUCA